GCGCGCACCGCCCGCCGCCGAGCAUUGGGCAUCAUGCCUGCCUCGCGGCGCUGGCUGCUGGCCGUCCUGUUGAACGUGCUCAUCAGUGUGUCGUCGCCUCGUCGCCAGGCCAGCGGCAGGCUUUUCCUGAGGGUCUUGCUCUUGGAGAACUGCGACGGGCCUCCGCUCCCCAUCCGCUUCGUGGACCGGAAGAUCAGUUGGAUCAAGGACUUGGGCCACGUGGUGGACGCCACCGUCUCCGUCUCCAAGAGCAUCGCGUCGUUCCGCAUGGUGUUCGUGGAGCUGAAGCGGUGCCGCGACCCGCAGCGCCUCGACGUGUGCGAGUACUACGCCACCUGGUCCUGGAGGACGGCCAUCUGCAACCUCGUCGUCAUGCCCGGCAUGAUUUGGACGCCCAUCCUGCACAGCAUCUCCCCGCCCAUCAAGUGCCCCCUCAAGGCGGGCACGUACCACGCCGUCAACUCGACCUGGGACCUCAACUCGGCCCUGAUGAAGGAGGUGCUGGAGGACGGCAUGGUGUGGAAGGGCGACGUGGUGUUCGCAGACCCCAACAACGCCUCCGCCGGGUGCCUGCGGGGCGCCAUCCAGGGCGUCAAGCGCAACUUCCAGUAGAGCAGGGGAAAACAACACAAAACGUCUGUUGUAUUUGUUUUAUUGUAAAAAAAGGGUUGCAGAAGAACGCGGUGGGUGAUAAAUUAAAGGUGAAAGACGUUG